AUGGCUUUACGAAUCCUCUUCCUUUUCUUACUAUCCAUCCCCUUCUCAUCGGCAAAACUCAACGUUGACUACUACAAAGAAACAUGCCCAGAAUUCCCAAAAAUCGUCAUGGAACACGUCUUCUCCAAGCAAAGUGUAAGCCCCGCCACAGCACCCGGCAUUCUUCGCCUCUUCUUCCACGACUGCAUCACCGACGGCUGCGACUCCUCCAUCCUCAUCUCUUCCAACGCCUACAACCCCCAUGCAGAACGUGAUGCAGACCUCAACCUCUCUCUCUCCGGCGAUGCCUUCGACGUCAUAGCCAAGAUCAAGAACGCGUUGGAGCUUGUAUGCCCUGGCAUAGUUUCGUGCUCUGACAUCGUCGCACAGGCCACUAGAGACCUUGUUAAGAUGGUGGGUGGACCCUUCUACCCUGUGAGGUUGGGGAGAAAGGAUAGCUUAGACUCCGACGCUUCCAAAGUGACUGAAAGCCUUCCCACGCCGAACAUGACCAUGGACCAGAUCAUUGAGAAGUUCACAAAGAAGGGUUUCACUGUGAGGGAGAUGGUGGCCCUGACUGGCGCACACACCAUCGGGUUCACCCACUGCAAGGAGUUCAUCGACAGGAUCUACAACUUCAGCGCAACCUCUGAUGCUGAUCCCACCAUGAACCCUAAACUGGUGGAAGGGCUGAGGUCAGUGUGCCAUAACUACACCAGCGAUCCCUCAAUGGCUGCAUUCAACGAUGUGAGGUCACCAGGGAAGUUUGACAAUGCUUAUUUCCAAAAUGUGAUGAACGGUUUGGGGCUCUUGGCCUCUGACUCCAUUCUUGCUGUGGACCCAAGAACAAAGCCACUUGUGGAACUCUAUGCAAAGGAUCAACAAGCUUUCUUCAACGACUUUGGAAAUGCAAUGGUGAAGCUUUCUGUCUUUGGAAUCAAAACUGGCAACAAAGGAGAAGUCAGAAGCAGGUGUGACCAGUUCAACCGUCUUCCCGCCUAA